UACAGCUUCAGCCUGUCGACCUUCAGCCCCGACGGCCGGCUGCAGCAGAUCGAGUUCGCGUUCAAGGCCGUCGAGCGCGCGCUGCCGGCGGCGGCCGUGAUCUGCGCCGACGGCGUCGUCCUCGCCAAGUGCGUGCGCAAGGGCGACGAGGGGCUCGGCCGCGCGGAGUCGCCGCACGUCUGCCGCGUGACCGAGGCCGUCGUCGCGACGUACGCGGGCCUGCCCGCGGACUUCCGGGCCCUCGUGACGCAGUGCCAGGACGUGGCCGUCGCCCACGCGCGGACCUGGGGCGCGCCCAUGGGCGUCGGCGCGCUCGCGGCGGCGCUCGGCGCGCGUUUACAGGAGCACACGCAGCUCGGGGGCCUCCGGCCCUUCGGCUGCUCCGUGCUCCUCGCGGGCGUCGACGACGAUGGGGUGCCGAAGCUCUACCGCGUCGACCCGAGCGGCUGGUGCGCGCCGUGGACCGCGGCGGCCGUCGGC